UCUGGAACGGGGUAACAAGUUACUUAGCAACUAUUUAGUGACUAUUUCCUUUGCUUUGAAAAUUAAUAUGGCUACGGCUGGGAUGACACAUUAAAGUUCUAGCAGUUUUGCUAUAUUUGACAAAAGAUUUGGACAAUCAAGUGGUCAAAGAAAUUGUCUCCAGCAACAGUAUUGAGCCUACCAAAAUCAAUUUUUAACAGAUGUAAUGUUUCCGGCAACAAUAACUGUGCGGCGAAUUCGUACUAUCCCUAUCUUCCUCGCACUCAUGUGAACUUCCAUAAGGAGUAUAUUGGCUAAGUAGCAUUCCUAUUUUUAAAUCCUUUACUUUCUUGACAACUAAAGCAAAGACUUUUUAGACGUUAUACAAGACUUUAUUUUUAUUGACUUUACUUUUGAAAAGUAGGUCGUGUACUUAUUUUCUCGCAAAUCGAAAAAUGAACGACCAGAAGCACCGGAAAUUGCGCUACUACACCUCCUGGGCGGAUGCCUUUCUAGUGCAGCUAUGGCGCGAGCACCUUCACGGAAUUUCCUCCUACACAGAAAACCUGCCCAUAUUCCGGAAGAUUGCGCAAGUCGUGCGGCAGCACGGCAUUCAGCUGAACGCACAGGUAGUUCGUCGGCGCAUUAACAGCUACCGCAAUCAGUAUUUAAACGAGCGCAAACGCGUUGAGAGCAACCCGGAAUACCAGCCGGACUGGCGCCUGUACGCCCUAAUUGACUCCCUGUUCCGUCCUGACCACCAUGUGGUGGAGGAGACCGGCUUCCGAUUGCGCCACAUGGCAUCCGCCCCGGUGAAGUUCGAGCGGGAUCCGUACGGAAGCGCCUUCCUGGAGGCCUAGCCACUAAUGCCUAGCCAGCAACAAGGCGGAAACUUCGGGGCAGAUUUAUCUUAAGUUGGAAACAAGGGUCACCGGGAAUGGUAAUGUUGGCCCUUGACCCAGUACAUUUAAGGGAUUUAUACAAAUUUAUCAAAUCAAAAUCAAUCUUUGUUGAAGACCUUUCGUUUUCAAACUCACAUGUGCCAUCAGACAGCGUUGCUGGGUCUGCGGACCGUUCUGGGGUCUUCCGGAGAUGCGGCGACGCUUGCGCGACGGACUGUCGGAGUUGAGGGGUCCGUUGGGUCCGUUGUUCAGCGACAGCGAGGAGCCCGACAGGCCCGAUCC